AUGAAUUAUAUGUUAAAUAAAUCGGAUAGCAUAGAAACCUACACACAAAUAAUCAUUGAUGAUCCCAGUGACGUUAGUGAUGUCGAUCAGGCUAAAUUAAAGGAAUUCUUAUUAGAACAUAAGUUAGAUCGUGAUAAAAGGAUUAACAUCGAAAAAAGAGUUUCACUGCCUCCAGUGGAGCGUAUGAUAACUCGUGCUGCAAGUGGUGCAAUAAAUCCUAAAAGCGUAGACGAAAUAUUAAAAGACGCAGAGAGACUUGGUGGAUUUCCUACAACACCUAUUAUUUCUCAAAUCCCUAACGUUACUCAAAAUCGUCAAGGUUCCAUAAGAGUAAACAUGUCACCUAAAAAUAAAGAUCAGAAAAAACCUGUUACCAUUCCUCCUAGAAACGUUGAAGGAAGUAGUCGACAAGUUACUACAUCUCAAACUUUGAGAGGAGGACCUGGACAUACUCAAAUUCGAUCUUUUGACCGUGACUCAUUGGUUUCGAAUUAUUCGAAUCAGCCAAUGUAUAGAUUGCUCCACAAUCCCAAGAAGGUUUUGACGACUAAUAAUUGGAAGGUUGCACGUGAUGAAGUAAAAGCAAACAGGGUAAUUAGACGUAUUGAUGAAUUAAAGGAUGAAUCUAAAUGGAGUUAUAGACAAUAUGAACCAUUCCGUGACCCUCCACGAAGAAAAACCGUUUGGGAUUUGAUGAUUGAUGAAGCUUUGUGGUUGCAGAAAGAUUUCAGAGAAGAACGAAAAUGGAAGAUCGCAAUGGCGUUUCAUAUGGUCCGAUGGGUGCGAGAUUGGCAUAAUGCUGAAAAUUCUGAAGAUAAAGCGGACUUGUGUAUAAAGACCAAAGAACCGAACUACUUGAAUAACCAAAAAAUGGCGGAAGAAAAGAACGAAAAUCAAAAUCAGGAUACUUCAUCUAGUGAUGAAGUAAUCGAUGUCGAAUCAGUUGAUGAUGAAGCAUCAUCCAUGAUGCCACCACCAAUCGCACCAAAUGUCGUACAUAAUUUAAGACAACAAGUCUUUUCCGUCCCAUUAGACGCGUUUAUGUGCGAAUUAAAGGGUCCAGAUGGACAGAUUGUUGAUCCCGAAUCGAUCUUUCCCGAUUUGCCUCCCUAUGAUCGACCACGUCCUAAUGAUAAGGAAUUUGUUUACGAUUACUUCCACCAAUGUCGCAUUAUGCCCAUCACCAAACGCAUGUAUCAACGUCCUCCACUUAAAAGGUCGAGGAAGAGAACAAGUGAUGAUGAUGAUCAACAAAGCAUAUUCGUCAAAAGGGUCAGACACGAUGAAUGCGAAAUGGCUGAUGAACAACAAGAUUCUGCGUCUACUUUAUUUACAUUAGCAAAUGUUGAACGUGCAGUUAAUCACGUUGAUGUGUCUAUGUCACAAUUCGAGAAAGAUGAUAUACAUGAAAAUCGUCGAAAUUCAAGUUUAAUGGAAGCAAUUAAGAAGGCUUCCAAAAAGCGUCAAGAAGCGGCCAUUAAGCAAUCACAAACGAGAAAGAAUACUGAUCAACCAAGUCAGGUCACACAUCGAGUUUAUACUCCUAUUGAAUUAAGCCGAGCAAAGUCUGAUCGAGAACGUCAGGUACAAGCAGCUCUACUGGAGCAACGGCAAGCAGCGGUUCUUGCAUAUCAAUCACAUGUUAGGCCUCCCGCAGGAAUUCCAUAUUUGAACCCAGGAAGAAAUCUUCAAUUAAUGAUCCAACAACGACAAGCAGCCGCUAUUGCAGCCCAACAACGUCACGCUGUUCAACAAAUGACUCCUGCUAUUACUCAACAACAUUUUUACAACUCACAAUAUAGAGUGAUUCAAAACGCUCAACCUCAACCUGACCAACAAAUGUCUCAACAGCAUCAACAACAAUCACAAGCUUCUAUACAAAGCCAAACUUCUAUACAAAGCCAAACUUCUAUACAAAGCCAAACUUCUAUACAAUCCCAACCAACACAGAAUGCUUAG